GUUCAGCGUGCUCUGUCUACUCAGGUGUCCAUAAGCUCAUUAUUAAUUAUUAAACUCCUUGCCUGACUGAAGGGACAAAUCAGUUCGGACAUGUUGUGAUGGAUGAGCUCAGAAAUGGGAAUGAGGAAACAAACAACACAGGGCGGUCGUUGUAUGGAGUAUAUCCCUACAAGUCCAGCAUGAUUGGCCUAGAGAACCUGGGAGAUCCGUCGGAUAACUGGGACAUUGUGGAGACCAUCGGGAAAGGAACGUAUGGCAAAGUCUACAGGGUGACCAGCAAGAAGGAUGGAAGUCAGGCGGCAGUCAAAGUGCUGGACCCCAUCAACCAUUCAGGCCACACCAACAGAGACGUGGAUGAAGAGAUCGAGGCAGAAUACAACAUCCUGAGGUCUCUGUCCAACCACCCCAAUGUGGUGAAGUUUUACGGCAUGUUUUACAAAAAGGAGAAUUUAUCGGGUGGACAACUCUGGCUGGUACUGGAGCUCUGCAAUGGUGGUUCGGUCACGGAACUCAUCAAAGGGCUACUGAUGAGAGGCCAACGACUGCAGGAGCCCGUUAUAGCAUACAUCUUAUACAGCGCCCUCCUGGGCCUUCAGCAUCUGCACAACAACCGGAUUAUCCAUCGUGAUGUCAAAGGCAAUAACAUCCUCUUGACGACAGAGGGAGGAGUCAAACUGGUUGACUUUGGGGUAUCAGCACAACUGACCAGCGCCCGAUUGCGGAGGAACACAUCUGUCGGGACCCCAUUUUGGAUGGCUCCUGAGGUGAUCGCCUGUGAACAGCAGUAUGACUACUCGUAUGACGCCCGCUGUGACGUGUGGUCGCUGGGGAUCACCGCCAUCGAGCUCGCGGAUGGAGACCCCCCAUUGGCUGAGAUGCACCCAGUGAAAGCCCUCUUCAAGAUCCCACGAAAUCCCUCCCCUACGUUGCAAAAUCCGGACCAGUGGUGCAGAGGUUUCAGCCAUUUCAUCGGCCAGUGUCUGAUAAAGGAUUUUGAGGCACGUCCAUCAGUGACUCACCUCCUGGAGCAUCCCUUCAUCAAGCAGGCCCACGGGAAAGAUGUGGCCCUUCGACAGCAGUUGGCGGCUCUAAUCAAAGAGCAGCAAGAACUGGGAUGUGCAGCCAAAACCAAGCACGAACGGAUCAAUACUCGUAAAACCCUCACCAUAGAGAGCAGUCCCGACGAUGAUCUGGUCAACCUGGAGUUCUUAGACGAGGAGAUCAUUAUUGCCCAUCUCCACAAGAGGUAUGGCGAGCUGCAGGUGUACACGUACGUGGGUGACAUCCUCAUCGCGCUCAAUCCUUUCCAGAACCUCAGCAUCUACUCUCCUCAGUUUUCAAAGCUGUACCAUGGCGUGAAGCGGGCCGACAAUCCUCCACACAUCUUUGCAACAGCCGACGCAGCCUACCAAAGCAUGGUGACUUUCUGCAAAGAUCAGUGUAUCAUCAUCAGUGGGGAGAGUGGUGCUGGGAAAACAGAGAGCGCUCAUUUAAUUGUUCAGCAUCUCACCUUCUUAGGAAAGGCCAACAAUCGGACUUUACGAGAGAAGAUCCUGCAGGUGAAUCCUCUUGUGGAGGCCUUCGGGAACGCUUGCACGGCCAUCAACGACAACUCGAGCCGCUUCGGAAAGUACCUGGAGAUGAAGUUCACGCCCACCGGAGCGGUCAUUGGCGCCAAAAUAUCCGAAUACCUGCUGGAGAAGUCAAGGGUCAUCAAACAGGCCAUGGGGGAGAAAAACUUCCACGUCUUUUAUUACAUAUAUGCUGGCCUUUACCACCAAGAUAAGCUGAAGGCUUACAGGUUGCCAGAAAGGACAGCUCCAAGGUAUAUUGACAAUCAACAAUGCAAAGUGAUGCAGGACAUUGUCUCCAGCAAACUGUACAAGGAGCAGUUUGAAGUCAUCCAGGAAUGCUUCCGGAACAUCGGCUUUACCGAAGAGGAAGUCAACUCUGUCUACAGGAUUCUCUCAGCCAUAAUGAACACUGGCAACAUAGAAUUUACCGCCAUCACGUCCCAACACCAAACCGACAAGAGUGAGGUGCCUAAUUCAGAAGCCUUGGAGAAUGCUGCUUCCCUGCUCAGCAUCGGUCCCGAGGAGCUCCAGGAGGCGCUGACCUCCCAGUGCGUGGUCACCAGGGGCGAGACCAUCAUCCGCACCAACACGGUGGACAAAGCUGCCGACGUGCGGGACGCCAUGUCCAAGGCCUUGUACGGCCGCCUGUUCAGCUGGAUCGUGCACCGCAUUAACACUUUGCUGCAGCCCGACAUGAACAUCUGCGCCGCAGAGAGCGGCAUGAAUGUGGGAAUCCUGGACAUCUUUGGCUUCGAAAACUUCAAGAAGAACUCCUUUGAGCAAUUGUGCAUCAACAUUGCGAAUGAACAGAUCCAGUUUUACUUCAACCAGCAUAUAUUUGCUCUGGAACAGAUGGAGUACCAGAGCGAGGGAGUGGAUGCCAGCCUGGUGGAGUACGAGGACAACAGGCCCAUCUUGGACAUGUUCCUGCAGAAGCCCAUGGGUCUGCUGUCCCUGCUGGACGAGGAGAGCCGCUUCCCACAGGCCACCGACCACACGUUAGUGGAUAAAUUUGAGGACAAUCUGCGCUGCAAGUACUUUUGGAUACCAAAACGUGUCGAACUUUCUUUUGGAAUUCUGCAUUUUGCUGGAAAGGUGAUGUACAGCGUGAAUGGAUUCCUGGAGAAAAACCGAGACACUCUCCCCGCAGACAUCGUGGUGGUGCUGAGAACGUCGGAGAACAAACUUCUGCAGCAACUCUUUUCCAGCCCCUUGACUAAAAUAGGGAAUCUGGCCACGGCCCGAGCCCGAGUGAACGCCGCCUCUCGAUCUCUGCCGCCGCAGCUCCGUUCCGGACACGCCAAGUCUCCCAAAUACCUCUUGAAGGUUGACACCAUGGAGAUGAUGCGUCACCCAGACGAAACCACCAACAUGAGGAGACAGACCGUGGCCUCCUAUUUCCGUUACUCGUUGAUGGACUUGUUGUCAAAGAUGGUGGUGGGUCAGCCGCACUUUGUGCGCUGCAUCAAGCCCAACGACGACAGGCGGGCGCUGUGCUUCUGCAAGGAGAGAGUGAUGGUGCAAUUGCGCUACACGGGCAUCCUGGAGACGGUCAACAUCCGCCGCCAAGGAUACUCGCACCGCAUCCCCUUUGCAGAGUUUGUCACCAGAUACUACUACCUUGCAUUCCGGGCUCACCAGAUGCCAGAAACCAGCAAAAAAAAUGCCGCCACCAUACUGGAGCGAGCCAAACUGGAAGACUGGGUGCUUGGAAGGACAAAGGUUUUUCUGAAGUACUACCAUGUGGAGCAGCUGAACUUGCUGCUGCGGGAAGUGAUCGCUCGGGUGGUGGUGAUGCAAGCCUACACCAAAGGCUGGCUGGGGGCACGACGUUACAGAAGGGGCAAGCAGAAAAGGAACAACUGUGCCACCCUCAUCCAGUCAGCCUGGAGGGGCUUCGUCGCGCGGCAGAACCUCAAGAAAAUUAAGAAGGAGCGGGAAGAGGCAGCAGUCCGUAUCCAGUCAGUUUACAGGGGCCAUCGAGUGCGUCUGGACUGUGGACCUCAGAGGCACACAUGUAAGCCCGAGUCUGGCGGGACGACCACCAAGGACGAUCAUAUGGGGUCUCAGAGCCCGAAGGGCCUACAAAAGGCAAAUGUCGGCUCCGACAGCCGAGACAGACACGUGAAAGACUCAAAGAGAGACAAAGACGGUGCGACGAAGCCUCGCAGGGAGACAGGCAGGCUGCGAGACUUACAGUGUAAACAAGGUCCAGUGAUGAAGCUCCAGCAGAGGACUCCUCGCCGGCGGGGCCAGCAGCCCAAGCUGCUUAACAGCCCCGAAGACAGCCUGUACUACAACCAGCUAAAUAGAACUCUGGAUUACCAGGGGAGCAAGAGGAAGCCCAGAAAACUUGGUCAAAUCAAAGUGCUGGACAGAGAGGAUGAGUACUACAAAUUACUGUCAAUGGAGGAGUCGAUCCCCGAAGAAGAGUACGAGAGCCCUGCCCCCGCCCGCCUGUUCUAGCCAGAGAUGAGCCUUAACAUCAUGUCAGCCGAUUGCCUUCUUCACCAGCAAAGUCGACCAGAAACCAAAAAGCGUCAACACACUACAUCGAUUGCACAUUUGUAUUUAUUUAUGUCGAAUUGAUGUUUUAUAUGGCACACAUAA